AUGAGCUAUCAAAAUAGCUUCAAUCCGAUGGGAUUCGGUAAUCCUUAUGCUCAGGCUUAUGGAGGUCAACCUGGGUUCGGUGGAAGUCCAGGGGGUUAUGGAGGUGGUAGAGGCAGAGGAGGUGGAGGAGGCGGUCGAGGAAGAGAUGAUAGACGGGGGGGAAGAGGAAGAGGUAAUUAUGGUGGUGGAGGAGGGGGAAAUAGGGAUAGACCUCCUAUACCUGAAAAUUCGAAUUCAAGGUUGAAGAAAAUGGUAAUCAAGCUUGGUGACGAUGAGCAAUAUGACCCAAUUGAUGAUCCUCAUCGACUUGCUAGGGCUUUAAAAAGAACUUGGAGAGAAGGCUCUUCUGGAGUUUGUGAAGGGUUCAGAAUAAGCGUAACUCAACAACCUCAAAAACAUUCAUAUCUAGUCAUCCUCCUUCUUUCCCUCUCUCGUCGAAAUAUAUCUGGAGUCAAAACGGAAGAAGGAGUUGAAGCUCAACUCGGAGAGAAGAGAAAAGCGGAUGAUGAAGAGGAUAUCGAAUUUGGACGCGAAAUAAUAGAAGAUCUCAGUAGAGCUCUGAGAGGUUGGGUAGAAGGGAGAGAAUGGCAGAAUGUCAGAUUAGGCCUUCAAUUUUUCUCUCUCCUUGUGCCCGCCGGUCUGAUCACCCCUUCUUCACUACUAGGCGUGUAUAAGUCGCUGCUUGCUGUGCUUGAAGAAGUAGGUGGAGGUGGUGAUAGAGCCGAAAGAGCUGUCCGAGCAGUUGGUGAAGGUUUAAUACGUUCCGGCAAAGUAUUGUAUGAAAACUACCCAGAUGACGUCGAAAAUCUGAUCACUUCCAUCGAAGGUUAUAUCAUUGGCAGAAGAAAUGAAGUGAAAUCUCUCAUCAAUCCGUUAUCACCUAUUUUACCGAUUGGAAACGAAUCUUCUCCCAAUCCAGAUACACUUGACAAUUUCCUUUCUGCUCUUCAUGCUCUACGAGCGAAUGCAUUCAACCCACCGGAAUGUUUACCUCGAUAUUGGGAAUCCUCAAUUCUCGAUGAAAACACAACCCAAUCUGAUCCAUACGAAUUGGCGACGGUUUCAAUGCCUCCUGAGAUGUAUGCUGUUGAUGCUGAAGAAUUAGAUAAAGGUGAAGGAAGGAUUGGUAACCUCAGGCUAUUCGCUGAAGAGGUUGUUCCUUCACCUGAAUCCCUUGACGGAUGGGUGUUGCAAAGUUUAGUGUUAGAUCUCAUAAAUAUAUAUGAAGUUAAUCGAAAAGAAUGUGCAUCAUUAUUAUUAUCAUUACGAAAAUAUUUCCCAUCAAAAACAUUCAAACCAACACAUCCUCCUGAAGACGUAGAUUCAGAUGAAUCAACUCCAGUAUCGACUUGGUCACCAGAAUCAUUGGCGAUAUCAACAUUAUUAAACGCAAUGUUGACAUUACCUAAAUCAGCAUAUAAAUCAAUUUAUUACGGUUCGGUCGUAACUGAAUUAUGUAAAUUAAGUCCUAAUACUGUUGCUCCACCUGUCGGAAGAGCGGUCAGGAAGGUUUUCGGUUAUUUGGGUAAUGAAGGUUUAGAUGUUGAAAUUUCAAGAAGGGUUGCAGAAUGGUUUAGCUUACAUUUAAGUAAUUUCGGUUUCCAAUGGAUGUGGAAGGAAUGGAUCCCUGAGCUCGAAUUACCCGCCUCACAUCCUAGACGAGCAUUCAUGAGACGUGUGACUGAGCUCGAAGUGAGGCUGGCAUAUUACGAUCGAAUCCUUGACACUUUACCCGAAGCAAUGGCAGUGGAAGGAGCAGGAGUCAUCUCUUCUGCACCUCCUGAACCUAUUUGGCCAUACGAGAUAGAAGAUCAUCCCUUGCACUCCGAAGCCACAGAAAUCCUUGGGUUGUUCCGAUCGAAGACAUCCACAACAGAUGUUCAAGCUCAUCUGGAACAGCUACCAAAUUCGAAAUCUGGACCAUCCGAACCAUUGUAUCCUAAUAUUCGAAAGAUGGUAUUCGAAACGAUACUUCAUUUAGGUUCGAGAUCGUUUUCACAUUUCUUAAACGCCACUGAAAGGUAUCUCGAAACGUUAAGAUAUCUUACCUCUGAUCAAUCAUCCAGAAGGAUCUUAUUGGAAGGAGUAUGGUCAUAUUGGAAAUAUUCGACUCAACUGAGAUUAGUAACGAUUGAUAAAUAUUUACAGUAUGGUAUAUUGGAAGGAUUAGAUGUAAUUGAAUUUCUCUUUGACGAUGAUGACGUCGAAGAUCAAGUUGAAGAAAGUGAUGGUUGGACAGAUGGAUGGAAGUGGGAAAUCCUUAAAAUGACCAUUGAGAAACAUGUAGGUAGGACAGAAGCGAUCAAGAAAAGAUUGAGAUUGAUUGAAAAAGAAGAUGAAAUGGCUAGAGCUAGAAGAGCUGCUGAACUUUUAGAAAAAGGUGGUGAUGUAGGUGCUGAAAAUGGUGAAGAGGAAAAUAUCGUUGAGGAUCCUCGCCCAGAAGGUUCACAGGCAUUCAACGAUACUCAAACUUCACUUGACAUCCAAGCUAGUAGACUUGAAAAAGUAUUAAUGUCCACAAUGAAAUUAUUCGUUCUGUCAUUAUUACCACAAGAAGAAGGAAGUGUAAAUCAAGGAUUAAAAGGUGUUUUGGCAUUGUUACAAAGUGGUGAAGAAGCUUUAUGGUCAACUAGAGCUAAAUGGGGCUGGUAUAAGCAAUUCUUAAGACUUUGGUCAGCACAUCUGAUACCAUUAGCAGAACCUAUUGAGUCAUCUAUAUUUGAUCCAAUAUCAAAAUCGCAAAGUGUAUCUGACGAUUUAGAUCAAAGAGCUCAAGAUUUAGUUAGAGGUGUUUGGAAUAGUUCUUUGGAGAUUUGA